AUGAUUGCUUUGACUACAGGAGCCCCGGGCGCAGGCAAAGGAUCGCUGUGCGCCAAGCUCGCAGCCGACCUCGGGUUUCAUCAUCUAUCAGUGGGCGACCACCUGCGACAGCUAGCUUGCUCUGGCCGCAUGGACCCUGAGAUCCUCAAUAAGAUUCAGAAAAGCAUCUUGCUGGACCUGCGGCUGCUCAUUGACGGAGUGCCACGCACCCUUGAGCAAGCAGCGCCAAUAGAAGAAGCGGGAAGUAUGCCCGAUGGCUCAAUCGGCUCGCCCUACCUGGUCUUGUUUUUCGAUUGUCCGGGAGCGCUAGCCAGACAGAGAUUCUUGACCAGGCAGCUUCCCGGUAGAAUUGACGAUGGGUCGACCUUUGAUGCGCGGUAUCAGCAGUACUGUGCUGAGAACACGAGGAUUCUUGCACAUUACCAGAGGCGAGGGGUAUUGGUGAAGGUAUGGGGACGGAUCUUGCUGCUGGUGUUUGAUCAAGGUGUUUGUUAA